UUUCAUUUUAUCAUAUUUCUUAUCUACACAAUAUGUACAUAAGCAAGCUUUUCGUCUCAAAUAAUUUCUGAACUGAGAGUUGUCAAGCAAACCGUCUGUGCCAUAGCGCGCCGGUGGAAAUACUGUUCCUUGUUGUUGUUGUUGUUGUCUUGUUGUUUGUUACUUUUAGAAAACAAUAUAAAUAACUUGUAGAUUGAUAAAGUAUCUGCCGAAUUUUACUGUGAAUAAAUACCAACUAAAACUAUUGUUUUGUGGUUUUAAAGAGGCGUUGCAAAUAUCUGUUAUAUAGGCACGAUUAAAUGUGAUUUUCUACCAAGAAAAGCCUAAAUAACUCGCAAAAAUGUUCAUUUAUAUGAGUAAGAAGAUUGCGAUACCGAAACAAUCCAAUGUGUCAUGCAUAUCAUGGAACCAUUCAUCAGGAUAUAUUGCAGUUGGUGGAGAAGAAGGCAUGUUAAAAGUGCUCAAACUGGAAUCUGGUGGUGGAGGAAAUCUUUCAAUGAACCUAAGUUUAGAAGGACACACAGGACAGUUAUGUGUGGCAAUUUGGAAUGAAGUUUUCCAAAAGCUUACAACUAGUGAUGAACAUGGUGUCAUCAUUGUCUGGAUGUUAUACAAGGGCUCUUGGUACGAGGAGAUGAUAAAUAACAGAAACAAAUCGACUGUGAGAAGUAUGGCGUGGGGCUCUGACGGCCAAAAGAUUUGCAUUGCUUAUGAAGAUGGAGCUGUUAUUGUAGGGUCAGUAGAUGGUUCUAGAGUUUGGGGCAAGGAUAUUAAAGGGCCAGGACUUGCUGCAGUACAAUGGUCGCCAGAUAACUCACAACUACUAUUUGCUCUUUCCAAUGGAGAGCUACACCUUUAUGAUGAUCAAGGAAACUUUACUAUGCCUGUUGCCAUACAAGGAGUAUCAGGUUCAAUGGAGGUAGUAACAAUGGAUUGGUACUCUGGUACUGUACCACCAAACAGGCCCGUCCUAGCCAUAUGUUACAGGAGUGGAGUUAUAUUAUUGAUGAAAAAUUGCAAUGAGGAAGAUAGCGUGAUAAUCGAAACAAACAUGACAAUUAUUGACUGCCAUUGGAACCACAAUGGCACAAUCAUGGCAGCAGCAGGCUGUACUACUGAUAAAACAAAUGUCGUUCAGUUCUUUGGUGCAUAUGGAGAGCAUAUUCGCACUUUACGCGUACCAGGCGGUUCAAUGAGAGCGUUGUCAUGGGAGAAAAAGUCGUUACGUCUUGCUAUCGCCAUUGACUCGUUUAUAUAUUUCGCUAAUGUCAAAAUGGAUCAUAAAUAUGCGUUUUACGGGAAUACAUUGGCUUAUGUAUCAAGCAGUGAAACUGUUACGUUUUGGGAUACAGUAACUCAUCAGUCCUGGAUUAAUCAUAUCCCUGAUGUCAUAGAUAUGUGCGCUGUGGAUGAAUACUGCGUGAUAGCGACUCUAGGGCAAGUUAUUGUCUCAAAUCAACAGGGUAUUCAAUGUGAUGCUAAGGCAGUCAGCAUUCCAGUAGCAUACGUAACGAUUAACAGCAAAGCAAUAGUGGUCGCAGCCUCGAAGGAAUCAUUUAUAAUAUGGAAAUUCUCUACACCAACGAGACCACGUGCUACGGAACAUUUGUAUCAGGCUGAUGGAUCACCGGCCACGUCCAAUGACGCGGGUUUUCAGGACGAUACAAUAUGCUGUAUCGCGAGUUCAGACAGUCAUUUGUUAGUGGGAAGAGAUUCAGGCUCCAUUCUAUUGUUUUCAUUGGUGAAUCUUAAAAAAAUCACAUCAAUAAACAUGAAUUCCCGGCCCUAUAAGUUAGGACUCAAUUCUAACUCAAGCAAAUUCUAUGUUAUCGAUCAGCCCGGUUCGCUGUAUUUGUUGGACACCGACAUGGCAAAUAAUAUUAGUAUAGGCCAAGCUUUACGGAAAGAUGUCUGGAGUGGCCUGUGGGCGUCGGACAAUCCCCAGAUGCUAGCAGUGGCCGAGAAAGCGAGGCUCUAUGUUAUGAGAGACACUGAACCCGAAGAGCCAUUGACCAUGCAAGGAUACUUAUGUAGAUUUAAGGAACUGGAAAUCACAACGGCACUCCUGGAUAAUGUUGACGAUAAGUGCACACCUCAGCACAUCGUACGAGUCGAAGUGAAGUCUUUAAGGGAUACCCGACAGCUUAUUGAAAAAGUAGGAUUAAAAGAAGCAGAAAACUUUAUAAAAGAUAACCCUCAUCCACAACUCUGGUUACUGCUUGCUGAAGCAGCUUUAAAAAACUUCGAAUCUGAGUCCGCAUUAGAAACAGCUGAAGCUGCAUUUGUCAGACGCAAUGAUUAUGCGGGAAUUAAGUUUGUCUCGCGUUUGAAUGCUUUGCAUUCAAAUGCUCUGAAAAAGGCUGAAAUAUUAGCUUAUUUCAAAGAUUUUGAUGCAGCUGAAAAGAUAUAUCAUAAUGAAGACAGGCGUGAUUUGGCUAUAGCUCUUCGAAAACGGCUAGGCCAUUGGUUCCGUGUAGUAGAACUAUUAAAAAUGUCUGCAAGUACAACUGACGCACAAGUCAAGCAGGCAUACAGUAACAUCGGUGAUUACUACAUUGACAGACAAAAUUGGGCUAGUGCAGUUGAGUAUUACACAAUGUCAAAUAACACUGACGGUUUGAAGAAAUGUUAUAUGGCCCUCGAAGAUAACGAAGCCUUAUCAAAAUUGUAUGCAGGUUCACCAAGAAAUAAGGAGGUCGGGUUAGCAAAACAAAGCGCUCUAGAGGACAUCAAUGACAGCGUCAGCUUAGUGCCAUCAAUACAUGGUAUAAUGCAGUUGAAGGAAAAUGGUAGACUGACUCAAGCAGCAGAGAUGGCAUUUCAGUUAGCUAACAUAGAGGCUUCCAAGAAGGCUUCACCACUGAAGAUUAAGAAAAUGUAUAUUCUAGCCGGUCAUUUGUAUUCUCAAAGUUCUCUCGAGGGUGGUCGCGGGCGGGAGGCGGCGCGCUGCUGGCGGGCGGCGGCGGCGGCGCACUGGGCGGGCGCGGCGGCGGCCGGGGCCCGCGCCCGGCCCCCGCGCGCUCACGCCGCGCUCAGGCACGCCGCCCGCCUCGCCGCGCACCACCACCUGCUGCACCCGGCGCAGCACACGCAGAUUUGGUGUACCAUAGCCUCAAUAGCAAUUCAAGCUCGGGCAUUUGAAUUGUGUUCAAAGGCCUUGAUUAAAUUGGAAGCUAUAGAUCCUGACACAUUUGAAAAUUUGGCCAUAGAAAUAUUUACAAGGUAUAAACCCAAAGACGCAAAAGGGAACAAGGUCGAAUGUCCCAAUUGCGAUGCUAGUAUGCCGGAGUGGAUGACGACCUGUCCCGGAUGCACGAGCCAAUUCCCCGAGUGCGCGGUGUCCGGACGCGCGCUAGUGGCCCCGCACACCGUGUGGACGUGCGGCACCUGCGGAGCACGCGCUCAGCAACACGAACUAGUAUUACGACAUUCGUGCCCUAUGUGUCAUGCCCAACUUUCGUAAUCAUCAAAGUUGACCCUUUUUCUGUCAGUCUAUGAAAUCAAUACAUACAUUAGGUUCAUUGAAAUUGACGAAAUAAGGUGUACAAUUAUAUUUGCACAUCAAAUUGGAAGAAACUGUUAUUUAACUUAUUCGUAUUUAAUUAUUCACAUUUCGCUUCUCAAAA